GCAUUUUAUAUCAGCUGAUGGGCGCUCGUCGCCGAUUGAAAUUUAGCUGGCGAUCUACCGGUCGCUCUCCAAUCAUUUUAGACGUUCCACAACGUCAUUAGGGGGACAAGCAACCCCCUAACAGUUUUUUUGAAUUAUUUUAUUCAAUCUUUUUUAACUGUUAUAAUUGCAUACACUUCUGUUGAGGUAUAUUUUUUCUCUAGUUUGGUUGCUAAUCAUGGAGUUGUAAAGAUGGCGUCCGUUGAAUUUCGAGUCUCACCUUCGCCAAAAGGGGCGACCUUUAGGUCCGAAACGUUAUUAUAUUUGUGGGGGGUAAAUGUCACAGGAGAGUUCAGAGAACAUGGACAGGAAACCUGGUAAUCGCACUUCAUCUGUACCACCAAAAGGAACCGGAAAUGAAAACAAGAAAUCUGAUAAUGCGUCUCAAAAACAGUAUCCAAGAACACAAAAGAAGCGUGAAGGGUAUAGUAACAGAUCCCAGAAUGAGCAAGGGGUGCGAAGGCCGACCCCACAGAAAAGUCGGGGGAUGGAGGAUAAACGCCCUAGAUCCCGCGGGACCUACAGGGAAAGAGAAGACAUGAAUGAUGAGUACCAAGACUAUGACAAUGUCUUGAAUUCCCGUCGCAAGGUGAAUCUGAACCACCUGCUGAACUUCAGCUACAGUGAACCAGAACGUUACCACAAUGACGGCUAUAUGGGUCGGCCGAACAGGUCGAGGGUCAAGAGUCUCCGAUACAACAAAGAGCAGUUCCUUCAGGCCAAUUGCCAGUUUGUUGUCGAUCAGAAGGGAGACUAUACAAUACACAAUCACAACCCUGAUACCCUGGUGGACUGGGAUUCUGUCGAACUCAUUAGAGUUCAAAGCUCGGAGACUUCAUCCUGUCCGAUAUGUCUACAAGCACCUGUUGCUGCCAAGAUGACCAGGUGUGGACAUAUCUACUGCUGGGCAUGCAUCUUGCAUUACCUCGCCCUUGGGGAAAAGACUUGGCGGAAAUGUCCAAUCUGUUACGAGUCCAUUCAUGACAAGGAUCUCCGCAGUGUUGAGAGCAAGGAGGUUCACCAGUAUAAAGUAGGAGAGACGAUCACGUUACAACUGAUGAAGCGCCAGAAAGGAAAUGUUUAUGCCCUACCCAAAUCCUGCGAGGCUAACAAGCUUGGCAAAUUCUUCUCUGUACAGGAUGUAGACCUGAAGACACGCUACAUGAAGAUCCUUCUGGCUUCCAGGGAGGAGAUUAGAAAGCGUGUACUGUUGGUUGAGAGAACGGCUCUCGAGACCCAGAAAGUGGAUGCUGAGGAGUCUGAGAUUCCUUUUAUUGAGGGUGCACUGACGAUGCUGAAGGCACGAGAAGAUGUAAAUGAGGGACAGGUACGUGGGAAAGCGAUGGUUCCAGGGGCUGCGAAAACUACUCAAGUCCCAGCAAAACCUCUUCAUGCUAGAAAGGCUGCAAAAGUAUACAAAUCUGCAUUCUCUGAUGAGGAAGAUACAACUACAGAGAAAGACAUAAUGGGGAGACGCACAUCAGACGAUAGUUCGGAGUCCCCAGAAGGUUCAACACACUCGGAAAAGGGGGGCAAAGGGUCACCUGUGAACAUUCCCUCCUUGAGUUUGUCCAAUAGCCCCACCCCAGACCUGCCCUCAGUGUCUGGGUCCCCAGAAAAUCCUUGUACGUCCUUGCCCCCGGGGGUACUGGCUGACUCUAUGCCAACAGAGGAGGCCGCUGAACAUCUGGAGAUGCCGUCUCACCCAGAAGUGGCAUCUCCUAGCAGUAGGAACAGUGGUGGAGCUGACAACGCUUUCUACUUUUACCAGGCGGAGGAUGGACAGCAUAUUUACAUGCAUGCCCUGAAUGCCCGCUGUUUGGUGAAGGAGUACGGCGCCCUGCAGCACUGCCCGGAUACCAUCACUGCUACUAUCGUGGAGAUGGAGAACAUCUUUAUAACAGAGGAUCUGCGUAAGAGACUGCGGUACCUGGGACAUCUGCCGCUCACCUGCGAGUUCCAGGUGGUGGAACUGGCCAUCAAACCCCCAGUCCUGUCAAAGGACACACUCAAGUUUUUUUCAGAUGACAUUGAGAAGCGCCGCCGCAGGCGACAGAGGAAACACAGAGAUGAUCGACGCCGGUCAAAGAAGAUCCAGGACGACGAAAAGAUAAAGAUGGGCAUAACUCCAGGGGUGACCAUUGUGCACAGUCAGUUUGUAGCUGGCGUGAUGUCGGAGAAUCGCCCGUCUUCUCCAGCGGCUUGUAGUGACGACAGUAACGCCUCUUCCAUGGCUCACUCUCCACUUGACAGUCCAGCCAGUGGGUCGUACCUGAACCCUCUAAGUUCCAAGUUCCUCUCCCACACAGAGGAAGUGGAGACCGAGGGUGACCAGACAACCAAUGUGUCGUUUGCCCAGAUGUUAAAGGCCGGUAAGCGCCAGGCACCUGUGUGGCCGAAGACUGCAAGAAGUGAGGGGCCAGCACCCAUUGCGGUUAGAGGGCGGACCAUUAGUCGUGGGAGUGAGGACAGUGACCCAGAGGACAAAGUACCUGUUCCCGAGUACCAUAACUCAUUUGGAGACGCCUUCCAGACUGCCCUAGACAAUCUGCACCAACUACCAUCCAAAGGUGAAGUGGAAGCUACUCCACCCCAGCCGACCUCUGGGGGUAAGAAGAAAAAGAAACAGCAGAAACUGCUUCUCUUCUCCACAUCUAUGGCUCGCGGAGGCAAGUAGGAGUAGUCUAUGGUCCAAGUCAGAUAGUAGGACUUGUUAUGGACCAUGGAGACGAGUUUGUUUGUUCUUUAGAAUCCUAGAGGGCAACUGUGACAGUUAUAGACUUAACGCCACAUCAACAAGUGAAAAGAGAUACAGCCCGACAGGAAGGAGAAUUUCAGAAAUGUUACACUGACUGGUUUCUUGGACAAAGUAAAUUAUCCAUAUUGACUAGUACUCUAGGUCAUCAGUGAUGAUACUUAGUCGGGUGUGGUGAUCAGAUAUGUUUAAAUGAUCUGUGGCUUCUGCUGGUGUGGUGUAAUUGUAAAGGUGAUGGUGUUAUGGAUUGUAGGUUAUUCCUCAGUGUAUUCCCCUAGCUUGCUAUGUUGUACAGUACAGAACUCACAGUUCGUAGAGGUUUGUGUUGCUAGAUCCAUGGGCUAAGCGAUGACAGUUAUUGCGAUUUUUGCAAAAUUUAUCCUUUUAUCACUGUGAACCACAAUGGACUCAUCCAGAUGAAUGGAUGGUAGAAUCUACUAAAGUUACCAAGGGGUGAAAGGGUUAAAGGCUGUCUAUUUUUGCCAUGACCAUGGAUCAAUAUUAAAAGUACUUAUUAAUACAUCAUCUCAUUAAGCCUCACCAAGUAUUUUAACAAGCAUCAACACCUAUUCAUAUAUAAAUAUACCAUGCUUGUCAUCUAUAAUUCCAUUUUCAAUGGACUUUUGAAACCAACCAGUUCAAAUGAAAUGAAAACAAACCAGAAGCUAUUAAACUUAAUGUAUCUUUUAUUUCCAAUUUGAACUUUGUUCAAAAUAAAACCGACAGUUAUAAGUUAUCAUCAAUAAAUAAACACAGUUUAUUGUAUGGAUUCAAUACGGGAAAUCAUCAAUAAAUAUGAACCUUUAUGGAUUCGUUUUUAUGAAAAUUCUUUAAAAAUUGCAGAAACAGCUGGUACAUGUCAUUUAAACAUUUUAAUGAUUUUGAAGAAUGAAAAUCUCAUGCCUAUAAUGAAAUAAUAAUAUUGAAAAUAAAUAAGUUAACACAGAAGUUCAUUUAAAUGGAGAACAAAAGGAGGGCAUUGAAUUUUAUCUGCUAUAAAAUAAUUGACAAUGUGCAAUGUCUCGUGACAUCUUAAGACCAUCUUAAGACUGUAAAAUAUUGAACAACAGGGGCAUUGAAUUUAAUAUGUAAUAAAUUAUGUGACGAGGUGCAUUGUGUCGCGACAUUUUAAGACAGAAAUAUUUUUGCCAGUAAGAGUUAUGCUGGAUGGUGAUGUUCGAUCUGCAUGUAUGACUGCCAUUGAGUCGUUUCCAAUCAAUUACAACAUUGUGUGAAGCUUCCUGUAUGUGUUGCAAAUCCCUUUUAAAAACAAGAUUGUACUUGUAUUUUGUUAUGUUUUUUUUUUAUUUUUCAAAUGUUUUGAGAGUUGUUUUACUCCCAAUGCCAGUAUGAGCAGUGCAGUAGACAUUGAUAAUAAUAGAUUGCAACAAGACGUUCAAGUUUGUUGACAGUCGCAGAAUCUUUGAGUCUACUUUUUGUUGUAUUAUUAAAUGAAUUUAUUAUAUACACAUGUAAUGCUAGUAACACAUCUGUUCAUUGACAAUGACAUUUGCAAUCAUCUGUUCUGUUAUAUAUAGUUCACGUAUUUAAACAGAGAUCCAUGGUGACUCUGAUUCUUUAAAACUUGAUUAUCGGUACUUCUUGCAGUGAAAUUGAACAAAUGUAGGUUGCCAAUGUAUGUCAAAUGACUGUUCAAAUAACCAUUCUAUUGGUGGUAAAAUAGUUUUGAACUUUUGUUCAAUUCUAAACAAGUAACAGGAGUUUGUCUGUUGCUUAAUAGUCACGUUUCUACCUGCAAAAUGUAUAGGUUUUAUUUGGAGUGACUACAUAUUCAAUAUUUCUUACAUAUGUUUAGGUGUGUGUUCAUAGUUAUAUAAAGAUGUGUAUCAUUGUCAUAGAAGGCUGCUGAUAUGUGCACUUUGGUAUCUUGGUGCACUAACUAUAAUAAUAAUAAUAAAUGUGAUUCUUCUUCAUCUUACUGAGGAUAACACACUGCCUUUACAUACGAAGAUACUAAUUAUAAUACCGGGUAAGUAUAGAUGUGAUUCUCCAUCAUCUUACUGAGGAUAACACUGCCUUUACAUACAGAGGUAUAUUGGGAAAGCAUGCCUUUGUGAUGUAGUGAUAAAUGAUGUUGAGUGACAUUGUCUUGUUUGUAUGGCAUGACUGUUUAAAUUUGAGCUGCAAUGUCAAUAUGUAAACCCAAGUAAACUUUAUUUCGGGUCAUCAGACUUUGGACCAAAUGAGAAGUUAUAUAAAAGCGGUUUAAGUCCUUGUCCUGUAAUGCAGUGGGCGUUUAUAUUGCCUAUGAACUGCAUCUGGAAACAGUGUAAUGCUUAAAUGGUGCUUAACUUUAUCUUGACAUUAUUAUAAUCAAGUGUUAAAAAUAAUAACCCCCAAAUUAGUUGCCCUUCUGAUAGAAUCACAGAUCAAUUACUGAGCAGUGUCUACCUUAAUCCCAAUAGCACCUGUCGCCUGGUGUUCCACCUCCACCCCACUCAAAUUUCAAAUUAAAAACCUAUUGUACAAGAUGUUAACCCUUUGUGAUUAUUAUUUUCCGAUCAGUCAACUAAUUGUAGUUUGUUACAAGGCAGAGUCCCUUCUUAUCACACAAAUAGUUCAAAUAUUGAUUAUCUGUGUUCGAAGUUUGUUUUCCAUUAAAGACAAAUUUAACCAGGUUUGUAUUCUUUACAAUAGCUCGAGAACAUGCACUGUAUUAAAAUUUGACAGAACAAAUCUACAGUCUGUCUGGCUUUGGUAACACAAGGACUUAAUAGAAGUUACAUUCAUAUGAUCCUCUGCCAUUGUUUGAAAGAUUCAAAUAGAGUAAUUUGUUAAUGGUAUACAUGUACAUUUGUGACUAGCUGAAAUCAAGUAGCAGGAGUUUGUCUGUUGCUUGUAUUUUAUGUAUUAUGAAAUCGUUAUAUAAAUUAUGUCCUUGUGGACCAGCUGUAGUUUUCUACUCACGGUAUAUGCCCUUCAUGUGUGUUUCCUGGCUGAGUUUAUUAAUAAAUAAAAAAUAUCAAACCUC